UGGCGCUGUACAUCUUCUGAAUCACCACACAGACAGGAGUGAGAGACAGCCAUGGAGAGGUGGAGAACGGACUGUUUUCUUUGUUAUUUUUAAACUCUUCCCUAUUCGCAUCUAUGACACGAUUCACAGUGAGCUGUACAAGCAAAGAUUUCCGAUGCACUCGAAAACGGCAAGUAGGUUUUCACAGGAGAAAUUAUUUCACAGUGGCAUAAGUAGAGGGGUGGAUCUGAUAGUUCUGCACUGUGGGCUGUACUGGGGCGGGGUGUAUGGACGCUGUGAACAUGAGCGUGGGCGACAAGUUGGGGGGUUACCUGGUGGAUCUGGGGGGCAGCUUCACUGAGGAUGCCCCCAGACCCCUCCCUGGGGAGGAAGGAGAGCUGGUGUCCAGCGAUGGACGGCCCUACAGCCACAGCUUCUAUUCUUUCAAGAGCCUCAAGAACGAGGCCUCCACGGCCACGCCAAGACGACCUGACCUGGACCUGGGCUAUGAGCCGGAGGGCAGCGCCUCCCCCACGCCGCCCUACCUUAAGUGGGCAGAGUCCCUGCACUCUCUCCUGGACGAUCAGGAUGGUAUCCACCUGUUCAGGACGUUCCUCAAGCAGGAGGAAUGUGCCGACAUGUUGGACUUCUGGUUCGCCUGCACUGGCUUCCGGAAGCUCGAGGCCAGUGAGGGCGGGCGGGAGAAGAAGCUGAAACUGGCGAAAGCCAUUUAUAAAAAGUACAUCCUGGACAACAAUGGAAUAGUCUCGAGACAGAUCAAACCAGCCACCAAGAGCUUCAUCAAGGACUGUGUGAUGAGGCUGCACAUUGACCCGGCCAUGUUUGACCAGGCUCAGACUGAGAUUCAAACUAUGAUGGAGGAGAACACCUACCCACUGUUCCUCAAGUCAGAUAUCUAUUUGGAAUACACCAGGACUGGGGGGGAGAGCCCUAAGCUCUACAGCGACCAGAGCUCUGUCUCUGGGGGUGGGAAGGUUUUACCAGGGUAUUUGCCCACGCUGAAUGAGGACGAGGAGUGGAGAUGUGACCACGAGUUGGAGGAGCAGCAGGAGAGUGAUCCCAGCAACCGGCUCACUCAGAAGCUGCUUCAGGAGACCGCUUCCCAACGCGUCACCAGCACCAAGAGAUUCCAGGACAGUCACGAGUACAGACGCGUGCCGUGGCGGGAGCCUGUCAACCCGUACUAUGUCAACACGGGCUACGCCAUGGCCCCUGCCACCAGCGCCAACGACAGCGAGCAGCAGAGCAUGUCCAGUGCCAGCGAUGUAGACACACUCUCCCUGACCGACAGCAGUGUAGAUGGGGUUCCACCAUACAAGUAUCGCAAACAGCAUCGACGAGAGAUGCACGAAAGUGCCAAAGCAAAUGGCCGUGUGCCACUACCUCAUAUUCCUCGCACCAACCGGAUACCAAAGGACAUUCACGUGGACCCGGAGAAGUUUGCGGCGGAUCUGAUCAGCCGGCUGGAGGGAGUGCUGAGGGAGAGGGAGGCCCAGGAGAAACUGGAGGAGCGGCUGAAGAGAGUCCGACUGGAGGAAGAGGGUGAGGAUGCAGACAUCUCCACAUCCACCUCGUUCUCCAGUCACAGGCUGCCCCCUGGUGCCCACCCACAGCACUACAACAACCCCCGCUACUCUGACAUCGGCUACAACGGCCUGGCGCUGCGUCCUGACGCCCACGAGGAGAACCAGAGUAUCCUGGACGACCACGUCCAGCGAGUCAUGAAGACCCCCGGCUGCCAGUCCCCGGGCACCGGCCGCCACUCUCCCAAGUCCCGCUCACCCGACGGCUUCCCUGCAGGUGGCAAGGUGCCGGACCGGAUGCCACUGCCCACAGGCCCGGGCAAACACCCAGCUCGGCAGGGGCCCAAGGGGGAAGCUGCCAGCCAGCAAUACCACCACAAACACGUGCACCACAUCCACCACCCGGCCGGAGGGAAGCCCAAAGAGCAGGUGGAGGCUGACGCAGCCACGAGGGUCAAUGGUAACUUCCACUGGGGGAUGGAGCAGCACAACUAUGGGUCCAAGUCUCGCAACUAUGCUGACGGCAUGGGCCCCAGCCCGACUGAUCCUAUGGGCUACAGUAGCAAAGGUAGCACGCUAUCGAAGCGGCCUUUUAAGAAGGCUGAGGAGGUGCGGACCUUUGAGGUGCCCGUGCCUCCGGAGGACGUGGAGAGGAACCAGAAGAUCCUCCAGUGGAUGAUGGAGGGAGAGGCGGUCCGUAACAAGAAGAGCCCCUACGGGAGCACCACAGGGUCCAAGAAGACCCCGUCGAGCCACGAAGUGUCGCGGCCCAGCUCUGUGGAGCGUCCCGGGGCAGUGCAUCCGUGGGUCAGCGCCCAGCUGCGGAACAAUGUGCAGCCCUCACACCCCUUCAUCCAGGACCCCACCAUGCCCCCACCCGGCCCCAAUCCCCUCACCCAGCUGGAGGAGGCUAGGAGGAGACUGGAGGAGGAGAAGAAGAAGACUGGGACCUUACAGACCAAACAGAGACAUAAAGUGACGAAGAAGCCCGCGUGUGAGAACAUUACGGUGGCCUACUACUUCUGUGGGGAGCCCAUCCCGUACAGGACGUCGGCCAAAGGUCGCAUGGUCAUGCUGGGCCAGUUCAAAGAGCUGCUGACUAAGAAAGGAAGCUACAGGUAUUUUUUCAAGAAGGUAAGCAAUGACUUUGGGGUGGUGUUUGAAGAGGUGCGCGAAGAUGACGCCGUCCUGCCCAUCUUUGAGGACAAGAUCAUUGGGAAAGUGGAAAAGAUUGAUUGACAUGGAGGUGGAGAGGAAGGCGACGUUCACAAAGUCGGCCUGCGAUGGCGCUAUCGACGGAUGAGCUGUUCACUGGAGAGAGACGGAGAGUACGUGUUUGAUUAGAGGGAGGAUUGGCAGGGGAAGAAAAUGUACGGAGUAAGUCGCUACAGGAGGGAAUGGAUGAAGGGCUGAGAGAAUGAGGAGACGAGUGCGUAGUGGUCACUGUGGUAGACCCUUAUGACUCCAAGGCUUUCAUAUCUGCUCAGUGCCACUGCAUUGUGCAGGCAGAGUAGGAAAGCAUUGGACAACAACAACAAAAAAGCUGACAUUCUCUCCUUCAGUGUCUUUCUGAGUGUAAUGUAAUGUAGCAUUGUACAAUUUGACUAGAAGAAAAAUGCUAUGAAUCUGCUUACUAAAGCAGCAUAUUAUUUUUGAUAUGACGUAUCAGAAGGUAUCCUUUCUAAUAUAAGCGUGUCAUUUUUAUAUGUGUUGGUACCAGAUGUGUACAGAUUGUCUGUUUUAAAACAUAACGAUAAAGUGUUAUAUUAUCUAUUUAAAUAUUUGAAAAAGCGGUCGUUUUAAUCCUAUUAAAGCAGUGGCGCUGUUCCAAUUCGACGAGAUCCAAGUGUUUUGACAGGGCUGUUUUUCAAGUAUUGUAGGAACUAUUACACAGCCCCCAUGUUCUACCAAGUGCUUUUAACAGGAACACUCAACCUUGCCAGUCCUCUAAAGUUAAGUGGCAUUGAGUUGUCAUGCUGCACUUAUCACUGUAUUAUGCAUUAGUGUCAAUGGCGCAAAAUGAAAAAGGAAUGCCUUCUUGAGGUUGCCCUUAACUGAUUCUGCCUUCAUGUUUUGCGUUUUUCAAUUAGGAAGGGACAUCCCCAGCAGUAGCUCGAUCUGUGUCCAAUGUACUGUACUCUGAGGUCUAUUAACUUUCCCCAUAGUGUACGUAUGUAUGCACAUUAAAUACAUUAUUAUUCCCAUACCUGCAGACAUCUGCCAACUUAAAUUGAUCCCCACUAUGUUCAGUAACUUAAGAUUUUUGCUACAUUUCGGUCUUAAUUGUAGCAGAUCAGGGCAGAAAAUAACGUCUUUGAUCAGAGAUAAUCACAACCAUUUGUGUACAUGCUACUGACAGUUCAGAUCCAGAUUCUAUUUACAGCCUAGAGCUUUUGUUAGGCAUUUAAGACCAGAGUCCAUAGUAGAAGUCUCCUGAAGGUUCAUACACGGGUGUCCGUGUCGAGAAAGGGUCUGUGUGCGGAAGUUUGUCACAAAGUAACUACCGCGCUCAAUAGAGUGUUGAUCGUCUAAUGUGUGUUCACAUGUAUCCAGAAAGGCUCCUGACCCCAUGGUUUCACACUGGACAAUGAAAGGACAUAGUAUAUGUUUACCUAGUAAAUAUAUCACAAAUACAGCUGAAUAAUGACUUGUAGCCUUUCAUAGCUCUAUAGAGCUACAUUUGGUGCCUGGCAGAAAUUGUCUCUAGAAAUAACUUUAGUAGGAAAUUAUCUAUUUUUUUUUUUUGAUAGGUCACAAUACACCAAAGAGAACAGUAGAAGUCGAUGUGUUUGUCAUCCCCUUUUCUCUUCUUUAUUUACCCUCAUUCACAUGGGUACUCUUUUUUUAUUCUCCAAAUCCCUGUGUUGAAGUGUAAUUCUCUUGUACAAUUUUCUAGGGCAGGGCUCUCCAACCCUGUUCCUGGAGAGCUACCCUCCAUGUAGGUUUCCAAUCCAACCCUGUUCCUGGAGAGCUACCCUCCAUGUAGGUUUCUACUCCAACCCUGUUCCUGGAGAGCUACCCUCCAUGUAGGUUUCCACUCCAACCCUGUUCCUGGAGAGCUACCCUCCAUGUAGGUUUCCAUUCCAACCCUGUUCCUGGAGAGCUACCCUCCAUGUAGGUUUCCAAUCCAACCCUGUUCCUGGAGAGCUACCCUCCAUGUAGGUUUCCAAUCCAACCCUGUUCCUGGAGAGCUACCCUCCAUGUAGGUUUCCACUCCAACCCUGUUCCUGGAGAGCUUACCCUCCAUGUAUGUUUCCAAUCCAACCCUGUUCCUGGAGAGCUACCCUCCAUGUAGGUUUCCACUCCAACCCUGUUCCUGGAGAGCUACCCUCCAUGUAGGUUUCCACUCCAACCCCAGCUGUAACUAACCUGAUUCAGCUCAUCAAUCAGCAAAUGACUACAAUCGUUUGCGCUAGAUUAGGGUUGGAGGGAACCUGCAGGACGGUAGCUAUCCAGGAAGAGGGUUGGAGAGCCCUGUUCCUGGGCGUUGUGCCGGGGGUCAGUGCAAGGCGGAAUGUGCUAACCGUUGUGAAUUAGGAUGGUAAGGACCUUUUUCAUCAGAGUGCUGUAUUGCUGGGUGUUGUUCUGUUUCAACACCACGUAUAAGAGGACGAUCUCCUUUUCUGAGAUGCUGUUUUUGUAUUUAUUUAGAUGGAUAUUUUUAAAGAAUCUGUAUAAAGUUAACAUACGUAGUGGACAACCCUCUAUUGUUCCUGUUUAAAGAUUUGAAUAACCGUACUUUGUGUUUUUAUAGCGAGAGGCAUUUACUCCAUGAUCUUUGACAAUAUUGGUACUCAGCCAUCAUCUGUCACGCUACAAUGUAGAAUUUGGCUCACUUGUUAUAAUUAUCAUUAGAUGUUCACUGUCUGUAUGUAUUACCAAUGGAGGGCAGUGAUUCUUACUGUGAAAGCCCCAAAGUGACCCCCCCCCCCCACUCAUGGUGAAUGAAAUGUAUAUAACGACCAUCACAGAGUGCCUUUUAUUGCCAUCCUCUCAUGUCAUCCGCUAUGUGAUUCUCAAGUGUUACCAAGGCCUUGCUUUUAUAUUUUUAUUUAACGUCUUACAAACCAUGUUCUGUUCAACUGUUUCCUAUGUCACAUCUCACUUUGGAUAGAAACGUUUUGUGUAAAUAUGUAUAAAAAAAAAAAAUAAUUGUACAUGUCAUCAACCAGCAAUUCACUUUAGGAGAUAUUCAAUACCCCCGGACCUGUUUCUUUGUGCUGAGUUGUGCGGUUAUCAUUUAAAGGUACUUCAAUGAAUACAUGUAAUAAACCUGAACUUCUCCAUUA